CCCGAAAGCUCCACCGACUGCAGUAGCCCGGCAUCCGUCGGCGCCGCGGCCAGAACGAAAGUUCACACGAGAGCGCGGACUUUGCUCUACCGUAGGAAGGCCGCCGAUGGGAACUCGUUGCUGAACGUGCACGUUAUGCGGACCCCAACGUGAUCCACGAGUCGCGGGACACCACGUUAUUUCACCAUCCCUUCGUAUUUCUCCCCCUUUCCGCUUUCCCUUUCCACUUUCGCACCCCCAGUUUAUCCAUCGUUCGGCAGUGUCGACCCUUUUCGGGGGCGUCGUGACGAAAGAGAGAAAAAGGAAGAGAGAGAGAGAGAGAGAGAGAGAGAGAGAGAGAGAAAGAGCGUCGCGGUGAUUCGCGAGGGAUUUCGCGGGGACAAAUGUGCACGGUGGACAGCAGUGUGGCAUAGUGCGGCGAAGUAGGAGACGAAGAGAUCGGCAGAGGGGCAGAGGAGCGAGGAACGCGAGAAGAGAAGAAAAGGAGGUGGAUGAUGAUGAUGAUGCUGGUGAUGAUGAUAAGGGGGCACAGGAAGAGGGCGCCGAGCCCGGAUGCGUUCGCAUCUUCUACAUAGGGGAUCGUUCCGUCUCUUCGACGUCCGACGUGACAACGAGCAGGGAGCACGCCAAGGACGACGACGACGGACGACGACAACGACGACGGACGACGACGACCAGGACGACGACGACGACGACGACGACGACGGCGACGACGACGGCGACGACGUCGUUUAGGAUAGGAGCCUCCAGCACGAAACCAGCACUGCCGUUUGUUCUCCGAGAUGGCCGACGAAAAGGAGAAGCAGACGUUCUUGCAGAAGCUGCUGUUCUACACGACCGCGUUCUUCAUCCUCCUCAGCACCUUCAGCCUCUUCGCCUUCCUCUUCUUGGUCCCCUUCGUUAUCGACCCCGCCUUCACCACCAUCUUCAUGCAGUUUGACACUCGACCCGCCGAGUGCGUCACCAUCGAUGUUGAGUCCAGAAGAGGUACGAGCAAUUGCUCAUGGACAUCCUGUAGAGAGGGUUGCACUAAGGAGCUGUACGAUUGCACGCAAAUACGCGUCAACUAUAAGCUACCGGAUAACGUGUCCGAAGGAGCGGACGAAGGAGGCGGAGCGGUAGGAGGUGUCGAGGAUGACGAAGGCAGCAAGAGGAUGCCGCGAUACGAGCGUUCCUUAGGCGAAUACGUCGACGAUAUUGAGAAUUUCGCCGAGGAUGAUGAGACCGGACUGCCGAAACCUUUUCCUACAGGUCUCAUGGGCAACGACUCCGUGUGGUACUUCACCGGGGCCAAGCUGUUCCCCAACGUAAAAGGCUGUGGAUACCCUCCAAUGCUGAAUUGCAGUAUUUUCUACCGGCAGUACGCCAACAUAGGACAGAACUUUAGCUGUUACUACUCGAAAGUGGACCCCGGGAUAGUCAUCAGCGACCUCGACAUGUGGCAGGUGUACAUGAACCUUGUGUACGCGAUGGCGAUUCCGAUACCGUCUUUCAUAAUCUCGGUGAUAUACCUCACCAUCGCCUACUUCAAGAUCUACAACGAAGAUGAGGAGGUCCUUGUAGGCGGCGAAGAGGGUGAAGAUGGGGAGGAAGGGGACGGGGACAACGGUACAUCCUUGCCGCCCACUAGCGGUGCAUUGACGCCCGGAAGUGAAGCCUUCAGGGAGGAUCUGGCGAGCUUCGGGCACCAACUCAAGGUUGCGAUGGCCGACGACAUCAGCAGGGAAAGUCUUGACGGGAUUCCUAACUCGCUCUCUGUUCAGGGAAACUUGAGCAAGACGAUGACGACGAGUAUCUCAACUCCCCCUGGGCCGACGGCAGCAGUCUGAAGAGACACUUUCAGGGUCUGAAUAAUAUUUCGUGGAGACCACACUAAGCGACAUUGUCGCGACUGUAAAAGAGAAGAAAUCAAGACAGUUAACAGUGGCCGAGGAAGCUUUAUUGGCCGAGGAAGAGUCAAGUUACCUUUCUCUCUCAAGAUCGACUGAAGAACGCACCCUCGCGAUUUACGGAGUCAACCAGAGGCGUACUCGGUACUCGAGUGACACGGAUCACACGCGGAUGCACGAUGAUCAAAGGGAACGUCAUUGAAUUUGUCACCCUCCAUCGUCCUCGUAAGGGCGCCGAUUACACCCCUGGACGACGAUACCUUGCGACGUACUUUGUUUCCUCCUCGAGACGAUAUUACAGCUCAAUUGCAACUGCGCCGAUGUGAUUCCGUCGCAGCUCACACCAGGGAUCAGUCCCGCGAACGCGGAUCUUUCCGGCGAGCGAGACGCUCACACGCGCCGGAAAUGCUGUUCGCUUCUUGCAAAGUUGGCGCGCGCACGGUGGUCGUUACCCCGCGCGCCGAAUUGAUUUACCUCGCACGAUGCCUUCUUCGUAGCUUGUCCAAGUGCGAUUCGCGGUUCGAAGUCAAUCACGCGAGUCUCGUGCCUGCACAUCGCAUUCCGCAAACACGAAGAAUCUGUCCUUACGUCGUAUACAAGCGUUCGCUAUAUAUUGUAUUUUUGAAGAAUUUUCCACACCGCGGCGGGCACAGACUAUCGUCCCGCGCAAGAAACAGAUCUGUCACUUUGAAAGCAACCGGAAUGGGACCCGGAAGCCGAAGCCCCUCAAGAAUUGUCUCAAGUCCAUCCCGAAAUGCUUUCGUAACGCAUCUCUGCGACCGAUUCGAUCUCCGAUCGCAAGUUGCGGACCACUCGUGUCGCUCUCGAGGUGAUAGAUAGGAAUUUUUGCAACGAAAUGCACACCGAGUAAACGCUUCCUCUGGUUCACUCGACGGUAUCGAGCGGACGUUCAUCCGGAGAACGCAAAGGCAAAGGAAGGACAUAAAGGAAAACGAGGCCGAAACUCGCGGCAUCGCGCUAGUAUCUGUAUAUUAAAAAUCACGAGUUAUCUAUGGACUAAAGAACUUAAUUAGUAAAUACUAUGAGCUAAAUACCGUUAAACGUUACGAGUAUUAUCAGGUAAUUCGCUUGCUGUGUGAUCAUGAUGCGUCCACUCACGUGCAUCGUAGACACUUUAAUCAGACACCGACGACACACAUCCGUUCCACUUUUGACGACACGCUUAUGCAAAGUAAAAAUGUGCGGCUCGCACGAGUCCACCCCCGCACCCUGUUGCGGCCUCGUCCAUGUACUAUGACCUCCACACGCACAAAAUCCAACGUUUUCUAGGUACCUGACUGAGACACGCUCGAUGAAAAUACAUACGUGGGUACCUCCGCGAGUUCUUGCUGCGUACGCGCGUUCCAAUCGAUACGAGUGGUGUACGGGACGAAGAGACGUUCGGUAUGACCCGAAAGAAAGAGUGCUUUAGUAAACCGAAACCGGAGAUACGGUCUGUUGCUUUUAGGUGCGCUUUAGUUAUCACUUUCCGUACCUCAGAGAUGAAACCAUUGCGCACCGUUGCUUUGGAGGAAGCAAAACAAAAAGAAAAGAGAUAGAGAGCAAUAUGUGCCGCGAGCGUAGCUAAAAGGAAUCAGGACCUAUCGUCUCACGAAAUGUUUUCAGUGCCGUUUGUAUUUCGACAUUAUAUUUUUACAAAAUUGCGCGAAAGUCCGUACGAGCUUAUAUGGGUCGUCGGAUACUCCUGCCCGGAAAAGGGUGGGAAACGUACUUGAAAAGCCCAGUGGACUUCGAAAUCGUGACCUCGAUAAAAAUCAAUUGUAAUGAGUGCUUCGUGCUAUUUCUCAGGCUUGAAAGAACGGCUUGUCUUAUUAUCGUCUCAAUGUCAGCCGUGAACGCGAUUAGCUGUACCUUGUGAUUUUCUAAAGCGCGUUAACGUCACCCGGAAUAUCGACCAAACGUUUGCCGCAUGGAAACUCUCUCCGAUUCUUGGAUCACCGGAGGUUAAUACUUCUAAAUGUGUCCAAGCACUUAGUCAUGUAGGAUUUCUAUCGAAACUUUGAGUACCUUGCAUAUUUAACGUGAACGUAAUUAUUCCAAUACUAUUAUUUCCACACUCAACGUUUGACAGUAUAUUUUGGUGUUCCACGCGGCAUUAAACUGGGCGAGAUGCAAAACGAACCCCGUGUAACUACUUAUCGCGCGACAUCGGCUCGUUUUUUCGGAGUUUGUGCUAUUUCUGCGAUCAUGCACACGUUGAGCAACACGCGUACACACAUACACAACACAUGCACACAUGUCACGCGAAAGGCAUUUUACACACAUCGGUACUCUAUGAAAAAAAUAAUUGAAUUGUUUUUAUGGAUUAAGAACAAGUUGUCUGUGAUCUACAAUAAUUAAAAAAAUAUUUAAUAAGUAUUAACAGAUAAAAAAUAUAACUGAGAUAAUGUCGGUAAUGUUGAACGAUGGAGGAGACACAAAAUACCGAGGAACGAUCGGAUUUUAUUGGUACAAGUUGAGCGCAGGUUUCCCGUGGCAUUGGUAGAGCAAUACGAUAGUAAGAGAGAAACAAGAGAUAUCGCGUAAAAGUUAAAAUCACUGCAAAAAGAAUAAAAAAAAAAAGAGAGGAAUUCUAGAAGAGAAAAGAAGUAUAUUAUAUAUAAUUAUAACAGAUAGACUCUCUUAUGUACGAUAGAGCACGCAACAUCUAAAUAUCCAAAUCGCUGCUGUUAAUCUGUACUAAUUCGUGAUGUAAAAAACAAAGGUGCGUGCUGCGUUCGGAUAGUACCAAUAAAAAAUAUAUAUAUAUAUAUAUUAUAUGGCACUUGUGACCGUCGCGGCUAAAAAGUAUAUAGGAUUAGAUAGAUUUAUAGAAGCGCAAAACACCAAAAAUCGUUCCUUCCACCCGCUCCGGCCGUGUAUUCGAUUAUCGAUUUUAAAUAUAUUGCAUCUCAUACGUCAAGUCAAAGCUCUGCGAGUUUACAAAAGCGCACCUCGGAACGCAAUUAACAAAAAUUGUCAUUCUACUAAAUAAAAAAGAAAGAAAUGUAAAAGAAACUAUAUACACCCGUAUCAUCACCGAAUGAUAAGUUGUUCAACGAGCGUCGCGGAAAAUAUUCGAGAUAAUUUUUGUACAGUUCUGGCACACACAAGAAGAGAACGUGCAACAUCGUCGUCGUCUUUAUAUUUAUGUACAUUUCAAUUAUUAUAAAUUUUUCGAUAUUAUUAUCGAACUAUGAUCGAUUUCGUGUGAAAGUGUAUAUGGCUUUUUCUGCGGUUACCAAUAAAAUGUUGUCAGAAAGCUUUUUUCACGA